AAACUUUGGGUGAGGUGCGAGUCAAAUUUACCCGGCGGGUAUGAAAACAUAUGAAAAUAAUGAUCACAGAGAUGAUGAUGAGAAGUGAUGAUGAACGGGAGUUGGAUGAAAAUUAUGAUGAUAAGAAAAUUUCCUCUUCGUUUUAUCCUCCAUGUGAUUAUAAGCACUUAAGCACGUUGAUUUUUCAUCUUCUCUUGAUGAAGUUGUCAUUCCCUUCGUGAGUCUCAUCAUCAUCUUCAUCAUCUUCUCCCUUGUUUUCAUCCUUUCGCUCAUCAUUUACCUGAGAAACUAUUAACUAACCUGAUUUACUUAAUUAAAGGUAUAAAACAUAAUAAAAUGUCAUCACCAAAGGGAGAUGAUGAUAAACCAAAGAUGAUGUUGAUAAACACCAAUAAGAUGAUGUGAUUUUGGUGAUUUUUUGCUUCCAAUUGAUUAAAUUGCUGGGAAAGCUAAAUUAAUGUUCAUUGAUUGAACAUUAGUUAAUUAUGAUUAACAAUUUUCUAAAUUUUUUCUCCCUUGCACCUUAAUUGUAAUUUAAUUCAAUCUCUUUAAUUAUCAUAAUUAACUAUCAACUUCUUGAUAAUGACGAUGAUUAAGUUAAUUUAAAUGUUGAUACUUUUGUUUUUUGUUUACAACCAGAUUAAGUAAUUACCAUGAAUCAUAAUUGUAAUUAACUUAAUCAUUGGUUAACAUUAUAAUCAAAUAAUCAAUUUAUUUUUAUCGUCUUAAUUGUUAUCAAGAUGAUGAUGUCUUAAUCAUUAACAAUUUAGAGACACCAAGGUGAAAAUUAACUUUUAAUUGAAUUAAAAACAAAAAAUUAGUAACAAAAUUAGUAAUUAAAAAGCUAAAUGUUAACAAUCAAUUUAAUUGGUAACAACAAUUAGUAUCCUCGAUUUGAUAAUAUCCUUGAUUGUGAUAUUUUUUUUGCUUUUCACUUUGAUUUUCAAUUUAACUGUAAAUCUUUUCAUCACCAAUUUGAUUUGAUUUGAAUUCAAUUUACCAACAAAGUGAUUUAGUUAAUUGUUGGAAAUUGUUUCUGUUUAAGAUCAAAAUAUGAACGUAACCGUUAACCCAAUCAACUCAACAGCAAUUAACGAAACCAGAAUCGAAGAUAGAACAUUUUUCCAAGGAUUCAGUCAGACUCUUCUACUGGUCAGUCUGUCCGAAAUUGGCGAUAAAACCUUCAUACUGACCGCUCUUAUGGCCAUGAGACAUUCAAAAAUUUACGUUCUAAUCGGAUCUUUAUUGGCUGAAUAUCUCAUGAUAACAUUAUCAAUGCUCGUAGGCAUGGCAACUUCAUUCAUUCCGGUGUCGAUAAUUCAUUACAUUUCCAUUAUAAUAUUCACCUUGGUUGGAAUCACCAUGAUUUAUGAAGGAAUAACAUCAAAAGACAAUCUCAAUGUUAAAAACAAUGAUAAUCGUAAUGACGAUAAAAUUAAGGAUCAAGAUGAUAAAGGAGGACAAGAUUUGAUUGGAACCAGAACUGGAAAUGAAAUUAUAAUGAAUCCUCAUGAUAAAAUUCAGACAACUGAAAGUAAUAACCUGAGAUUCUGGUUCAAGGAUCUCAAUGAAAGACAUAAAUCUUUCAUUGCAAUUGAAAUGUUCACAAUGGUUUUCAUUGCUGAAUGGGCUGAUAAAUCACAAUUAUCAAUAAUCAUCUUAACAACCCGAGAGAAUAAAUUUGCAGUUGCAGUUGGGGCUAUUGCAGCUCAAACACUUUCAAUGGUAGUUGCGGUCAUCGGAGGGUCAGUCAUGUCUCAAUACAUUUUACCCAAAACAGUUUUAGUUGUCGCUGGAUUAACCUUCAUAGGCUUUGCUAUUCACACUGCAGUGGUUGGGCCAAUUAGCUUUCAAUAAUUAUUAUUAUGAUGAUCAAGAUGAAGAUAAAAUAAGAGAGAGAGAGAGAGUGGAAGAUAAGAAGAUGAUAAACCAUCUUUGUAGCUCUCUCUCUGUUUCUCUGGCUCUUCUCAUCAUCAAUCAACCUUGACCCUUUGCCAGGAGAUGGACAUUCAAGUUAUUACCUUGUAGAUUUGACCUUUACUAGAUGGCGACACAAUUGUUACCAGAAUUAA